GAAGUUCUGGGUGAUAAUUUUUUUUUUAAACCAUCAAAGGUAAGAAGAUAUUGUUUAGAUUUAAAAAACUCUCACUAAUUUUUCUCUCUACUGCACCUAUUAAGGGCACUUAUUUGAAGUUUAGCCACGCAGCUUCUACGAAUGAACAAUAAUGAAUUCAUUUCUGAAAUGUUAUUGUACGCGAUAUUGAAGCGUUGUGACAACCCUAGACUAUUCCAGAAAUCAACAGCUGAAGGCAAAUAGGCCUCAAUCAGUGAUUUGAGUGAAAAGUGUUGGCCCCUUUGUUGAUACGAUAAGAUACAAAAAAAAGAGAGACCAAACUUGUAUAUAUUUGGUUGUCAAAAACAUUGUCUUAAAAAUCUUCUUUUAGUGAAUCGUGGAUUAAUUGGAAAUGCAACAGGUGCUUAAGUUACUCAACUCAACAACUUUGAGUGAAUUCCAUUACAGCACCUUAUGUUAAUAACAGAAUAAUAACAUGACAGCUGACUGAUUAUAUUUAUCGAUAGAUUACUUUUUAUACGCUGAAAUAUGGAAGCCUCUUCUUCGGAACACCACAAGCGUCUGGAAUACUGUACUACCAGACUAAAAUACCGUCAGGGCCGAGAAUUAAAAGCGGUCAAGGUUUAUACAGUGGCUAGUGAGUCUCGGCAUUUGCUGAUCUUCGGUGUACCUAGAAUAAACCUUCAAGCUAAUCUCAAGGCGAAACUGCAGGGAUUUGGUAAAGUGCAAUCGUGCAUUUCCAUAACUUCAGAGAUGACUUCAAAAAUGGAGCUGGAAGCUUUUACAGAUGUGUUCGCAGUAAAAUUCGAGCGCCUAGAAGUGGCCAGAAGAGCCAAGAAGAUGCUUGAUGCCCAACAGUUUUAUGGUGGAACCUUACACAUAUCCUACGCUCCAGAACGGGAAUCAGUCGAGGAACUUAGGGAGAAGAUGCAGCACCGAAGAAAUGAGGUGGCUUUUCGUAUUCUGAAAAAUCAGAAGGAUCAACCCCAAGUUCCGAAGAAGUGCCGGGAAGACACAUGA